AUGAAAGAUUCAUCUUCCUUCGUACCACCGAGAUCGGAUCCUCCACCAUAUUCUGGACCACCUGGACAAAACUUUUCUCCUCACCCUGGAUACGUAACAAUGACUCAGCCACAAAUGUCGGGAGUACACGUAGUAACCCAUCCUCCUACAAUAAUACAAGGACCAACUAUAGUACCUGUAGUAAUGGGAAACCCUUUAGGCUCUGAUCCAUCCCGAGCAUAUUGCCGAUCAUGUAAUAUGCACGUUAUUACAAAUAUUAGGAGGACACCAUCUAUGCGAACUCAUUUACUUGCAGCUUUCUUGUGUGCCCUUGCAUUGUGGCCGUGCGCAUGCAUUCCUUACUGCGUGGAUUCCUGUAAUAAUGCUGAUCACUACUGUACCAAUUGCAAUGCAUACCUUGGAUCCCAUAGUUCU